AUGGCGUUUGCUGGCAAUAUUCAAACAUUUCGGAAAAAUUGUGCCUCUCAAUAUUUUCCUUUCCAAAUUAGUGGCAAACACAAGUCCGAAAGGUUUGGCGGGGAUGGUAGUACAGAACAAUUAUGUACGGAGUAUGAUAACAGUUUUGUCCCGUUUAACAAUUACUCCAAACCAGUACUGCGUCGUGAUCAGCUGAGAGAAGUGUACAAGGAAAAGAUAGAACAAUCUUUAAUGAAAAAUGUAAACGAACAGCUGGAAACCAUUCAUCGGCAAGAGGUGGAACGAAAACAGCUUAGGAAACGGAUGAAUUAUUACAUGGCAAAGGAAAACCAGCAAGAUCCUCAGUACAGCCUGCAACGGACAGAUGAUGUGGUAACGUUCUGGAGCUAUCGCACACGACGAAACGCCAACCAUCGACGAAAUAACGAUUUCACUAAGCCCCACGAUGAGAAACUGGACGUUCAGUUUGAAUAA